AGUGCCGGAGAGGGAAGCGCUGGGGAAGUGAUAUUUCAGGAAUCUUAAGAGAUCCACAAAUGUGAGGCUAAGAGGGAGGACAGGGGGGAAAAACAGGCUGGCAUGUGAAGCGUCUGAAAAGAAAGACUUGCACAGCAAAUGAAGACGAAAAGGAGGGACAGACAGGGAUGUAGUCGGUGCCUCAGCUGCGUGAGCCGCCAUGCUGCGAGCCACAAAUCCUCCACCUGUGGCCAGGAUAUGAGAUCGAUGGUGUGACAACAAAAGGCUGUUAUUGAGCUGAAGCCAUUGCAGAAUCCCUGUUCUAUCACUGCAAUCAAAGUUCCACAGAAAAAAACUCUCUUGGUAUAACAAAGUCCUUAUCUGAAAAGGAAGCCUAGACAUUGUAGUUUUGUUUGUUGUUUCUGAAGCUGCUGUAACAUGCUAACACUGCUAAUACAGAUAGAAUACAGUGUUUGAAUGGCAUCAAGGCAGCACUGAAACAACUUCCUGCACAUUUUUGGUCCCAAUGAUUAAUCUACAAUCAUCAUAAUCUCCUCUUGUCAGAAUCAGCUCCUGUGACCUGUACGGAUCAUGAGGCCAACUCUAAUACUUCUGCAGACACAGUGUCUCCUGUGUGUGUUCAUUGGUGUAUGUGUGCCAGCUGUUGUUGUGGGCUCGCUUCCUCACGCACUACCAUGGCAUGUCUCCUGCCCAGUCCGGUGCGUGUGUCAGAUCAAGCCAUGGUUCUCCCCGGAUUCUGUCUACCAUGAGGCUCCCACUGUGGAUUGCAACGACCUGCUGAUGACCAAGCUUCCUUUACCCAUACCCCCCAACACACACACCCUGCGCCUGCAGAGUAACCUCCUGUCUGAGAUCGACACUGCAGUGCUGCACAGACUACCAAACCUCACAGACCUUGACCUUUCUCAGAAUCGCUUCAGCCGCGUCAGGACAAUAACUAAGAGUUCCCCCAUUCCCUCCCUGCUUUCUUUACACCUGGAGGAGAACCAUCUCAGCCACCUCCCUGAAGCCUCCUUCUCCUCACUGCCAAAUUUGCAAGAACUCUUUCUCAGCCACAACAACUUACACUCAAUAUCCCCUAAAGCAUUUGUAGGACUGGACUCCCUGCUGCGUCUUCAUAUCAAUAACAACAGACUCAUCACAGUCGACCCUCAGUGGUUCAAAGCUUUGCCUAAUUUGGAAGUUCUUAUGCUUGGGGGGAACCCCGUGGAGGCCUUGCCUGAGCGGGGCUUCCAGGCUCUAAAGUCCCUGCGGAGUCUUGUCCUUGGGGGUAUGGGUCUGAGAGGCUUGGCGGAAAAGUCUCUGGAAGGGUUAGAGGGCCUGGAGAGCCUCUCUUUCUAUGAUAACAAGCUUACAAAGGUCCCCACUCAGGCCCUGAGGAGAGUGCCAGGACUGAAGUUCCUGGACCUCAAUAAGAACCGCAUCAAACUGAUAGAGACAGGGGAUUUCAGAGACAUGGUGCACCUGAAGGAGCUUGGCCUAAACAACAUGGACGAGCUGGUGUCCAUUGAGAGAGGAGCCUUGGAUAACCUCCCAGAGCUCACCAAACUUGAGAUCACCAACAACCCACGACUAUCCUACAUCCAUCCGCAAGCUUUCCUACAGCUGAGCAGGCUGGAGAGUCUGAUGCUCAACUCAAACUCUCUGAGCGCUCUACACCAGCACAUCGUGCUCUCCCUGCCAAGUCUUCAGGAAGUCAGCUUACACUCCAACCCACUGCGAUGUGACUGCCUAUUCCACUGGGCAGCUGAAGAGGCCUCUCAUCCUCACACUGAAGUAACACAAACACCCCGGAUGGUGCGUUUCAUCCAACCUCAGGCCACACUGUGCUCUGAACCCCCAGAGCUGCGAGCUCGCAGGGUUAGGGAGGUCUCCUCCAGGGAGAUGUCUGCCUCAUGCCUCCCCAUGAUCCCUUCCAGCUCCCUUCCUUCCUAUGUUGGGGUAAGAGAAGGAGGAAAACUUGUCCUGCACUGCCGUGCUCUUGCAGAUCCACAGCCUGAACUGUAUUGGGUGACUCCCUCUGGGCUCAAACUUGGUCCUGUACCGAUCGGUGCAUCCAAAAGUUCACCAGCUCCUGAUCCCUGCCACAGAAUUACAGUCUCUGAGGGAUUCAAUCAGACAACCGCCUCCAGCGUCUCAACUAGCCAUACUCAAGCUCAAACUCACAUUCGCUGUAGCCCCUCCAAACACUACCGGCUACUGCCUGAGGGGACUCUAGAGAUGAACAAGGUGACCCUCAGCGAGGCAGGGUUGUAUACCUGUGUAGCUGAGAAUGUACUGGGUGCAGAUACACGCAGUGUGACUGUGGGUGUGCAUGGCAGAGAAAAGAAAAGAAAGAAGGGAGUGGCUGUGAAUGCGAAUGUGAAAGGAUAUCAACCAGUCAGAGUGGAUCCAGGGUUAGAGGUUAGAGAGGUUGGGCAACACUACGCUAUCCUCUCCUGGCAGAACGGACACAACCUCCCAUCGACUCGUCUAUCGUGGCAAGCCAUAUACUCAAAUGCACACACACCAACGUAUACAACACGAAUCCUGGCUGGUACACAGAGCUUCAACCUGACUCACCUGCAAGCAGAAACAUUUUACAGAGUGUGUCUACAUUUGGGGAUCAGUGAGGGGGACAAGCAUGCCAGCAGGAGAUCAAGAGAGAGCAGAACGCCUCAGUGUGUUUCAUUCAGAACAAAAGAUGUACCAGAGCCUCAGCCCAGCCUGCAGAUUAGCCCUGAGCUGACCUCCACCGCAGUCACACUCUUGCUCCUUGCACUCAUACUGAUGCUGCUGGCAGGCCAAGGCUGGGAUACGGAGCCUGGUGAGGGGGCAGGAAAGCAACACAUCACCAUUCUCCAGGAAAUCAAGAGUCCCAAGGCUUUAAUAAUCAAUCAAACAGGGAGCGAUGAAAAUCCAACUAAACAGAGUCAUAAAUGUGUGUUGAAUCUGGACUGCUGAGACAUUUGUUUGUGUCAAAUAAAGACAAAACCAUAUUCACAGACACAUAUACAAAAUGUGAAAUACAUACACUUUGUGAAUCACAGCUAGAAGGGAGGAGUCAUAGCUCAGAGCAGUGGUGUAGAAAGAGAUUUGUAUUUAUUUUAUAUACCGUAUAAAGUAUAUAUUGACAUUGUUUCUGUGUAAAGAUGUAUUGUACAGAAUGCCUAAACCCUAAACAGGGAAAUAAAACUGGACAAUCAUACUCCUGCGACACAGUGAGUAAACACAGGAGAAACAAAUGGAUGUGAGCAGUUUAUGACCACCGAACUGGAACUAAAGAAAAACCUGCUUCAAUCCAGAGACUGAUAUUCACAGAGGACAGCGGAUCAGGCCUCCAGGGUAUUUUUUUUUUCAUCUUUCAUGCGUAUACAUGGCACAGACUUUCUUCAAGCAGACUGAAUGAAGUUCCUGCAUUGAUGUUAACAACCUUUUUGCUUAGCUUUCAGUAUCUUGGACUGGGUUGUCAACAUAUUACAGUAUACUCAUCCAAAUGUCCUGCCUAAACUCCCACAUCAUCUCUCAGCAUAAAAGUGAUCUUAAAGUGAUUGUGUUAAAUUCUAUUUUGAGCUAUUAUACAAUAAACUCUUUUUAAUUUACA